UGACGUCACGGCGUGUUUAGCGGUUUCACCUCAGCGCGGCGUCGCCUUCUGUUCGUCAGUGAAAAGCAGCAAACGGAGAUCGGAAUGGGAGUAACGGUGGACUGUAUCAGCAACGGGGACGGGCGGACAUUCCCAAAGAAAGGUCAGAAGGUCUACGUGCAUUAUGACGGCUUUUUGGAAAACGGCAAGAAGUUUGACUCUUCCCGAGAUAGAAAUAAGCCUUUCUGCUUCACCAUUGGGCGGAAGGAGGUGAUCCGUGGCUGGGACGAGGGCGUUGCACAGAUGAGUGUGGGGCAAAAGGCGCGUCUUGUCUGUACCCCAGACUUUGCGUAUGGACCCACAGGACAUCCAGGCAUCAUUCCUGCUAAUGCCACGCUUUUGUUUGAAGUGGAGCUGCUGCAAAUAGUUUGAGGGCCGCUCUGGCCCGAAGUGUGGGUAUGUGAGGUUUCGGGAUCGGUCUGCCUGCAAUGAUUAUCCUCCGUUGUGGGCAGAGUGCGGAUCACAGCGUGAACUCAGCCUGACCCCCCCGCCCCACCCCCCUCCUUCCACUCUUCCACAAAAUGCCUUCUUACCACAGGUUGUGUCCUCCACCCCCUCCUGGGUGGCUGAAGUUACUGAGCAUUUCACUGGAUGUUUUCACGAAACAGUUAAGGAAGCUGCGGCUGAACAGUCACUCUGUGGAGCCGGCCUCGUCCCAGUGCUCUCGGGACGGGAUGGUGGGGUUUUUUUUUUUUUCCGUUAAUUUGAGGCCGCCUUCGUAGGGUUGGAGGACAGGCACUGUAAGCCAUUCCAGAGCUACCUGCUUGUGUGCCGCAGAGCCCGCCAUGCCCGAUUCCAGUGUCCUGCAGCUCCCACCUUUCCUCCAGUCACAUGGUAUGGUCCAGUCUUGUCUGCACCGCAUGCAGCACCCACCGCACACUGUUCACAUUAAACAACUUUUUCUCUACUGGAAGGUCUUGUGUCUCUGCCCUGAAGUCACAAUAAAUGAUCUGUAACUUGGUAAAA